GCUUCGUGCUUUCCGACUUUCCACACUCUCUUUCCUCUCUUUUUCUUCGGUCUCAGUAAUUCUGUCGGGAGAGGGACUUCGGCACCGAGCCGUUAGGGUUUCUCUGGCUUGAUCUGUAAUUUGCAGAGGGCAUUCUAAGAGGAGCUUUCUGAGCUUAUUUUCUUUAAAUCCACGAACAACUAUGGAGGAAAAAAUAGCUGAAAAUGCUGUUCUGGAAUAUGCUACUUUUCAUGUAUCUUGGUCAACUAACAGUUAUGAAGCAUUUAUUUGUAGCAAUGAUAUUGUAGAGAAGUUAGAUAGUGGUCCUCUAGAUCAGCUGGCUAUACAUUUACCGGAAGCAAGAGCAUCACAGUCCAACCCAUCAGAUAGCAGUUUCAAGCUGCAGCUUGAUGCAAGCACUGAAGCCUCAUCAUGGUUCACCAAGUUUACACUAGCAAGAUUUUUGCAUGUUGUCAAUGUACCCAAUGUGCUAAAGCUCGCCAAUUCAAUUGAGAAUGAAAUUUGUCAGUUGGAGGAAACCAGGAGGUUUCACAUUUCUCUAUAUGCAAAGGACAAUUCAAAUCAUUUUGGAGGUGGGGCCACAGAAGUGAGCUACUUAAAUGAUGCUGGUCUAACACAGCAAAUCAAAGUUGAAACGGCUUCAUCAGAUGCUACAAAGAAUGAAUUGCUGCGGGCUAUGGACUUGAGACUCGCCGCCUUGAAGGAAGAGCUAGUUGCUUCUUUCAAUCGUGCUGCCGGUGCUACAUGCAGCACCAACCAAAUUUCUGAUUUAGCAUCAUUUGCUCGGCACUUUGGAGCUGCGGAAUUAAGCAAUUUAUUAUUUGAGUUUCUGGAGCUAUGCCCAAAUAACCUGCACUUCGACACUACAAUGAAGCACCAGACAUCCUUGAACGAAUCGGAAAAUAUCAACUAUGCAGCAAAAGGAAAGUUUUCCCUCAGUGCAAAUUAUGAUGUUGUUAAUCCUGUAGCAGCCUAUGUUUCUUCUGCUAAAGUAGCCCAAGCUGAGCGACAUAACUCAUCAGAGAGUGAGGAUUCCUCAAAUUCAAGUGAUAUAGAUAGCCCCAAUGGGGUAAGAAGUCGGCCAAUUGUAAGAUCUGCAACACCUAGAAGAUCUGCUUCACCAAUGCGACGGAUUCAGGUAGGUAGAUCUAGUUCUCGUAGGUCUACUGCAAUUGCCAUUAAGAGCCUCAAUUACUUUCCAGACAGAGAAAAGACAAUAUCAAAUAGAGAUGUUGAUCCAACCGAGAGUGGGGAUGAUGAAAUGGAACAUCUACCAAAGAAGCCUGAAAAUAAUGUCACUAGAAUGAGUGUUCAAGAUGCUAUCAGCCUUUUUGAGCGCAAACAAAAGGAUGAAAAUGUAGAUAUUCAAAAUAGGAAAACUUCAGAGGUAUCUAUUAGUGCCAACAAAUCUGUCUUGAGAAGAUGGAGUGCGGGAAUGAGUGGUUCCUUUAAGUAUUCUACACAGGAAAAGACAUCAGAUUCUUGUCAUCAGAUUGCUUGUAGUAACUUGGACCAUGAAGCAGGGGAGAAAAAAGAAGAUGAGGUGGAGGACAAGCCUUCAUAUCCAGAAAAUGUUCAAGUUGUUAUGUCUGAAGAGAUCAUUGUGGCAGAACCAUUGCAAGGUGAUGCUCCUACUGAACCUGUUGUUACUUCUAAUGUUGUGGAGGGUAAAGAUUUCACAUCGACUGAAUGGAAUCAGCAGCACGAGGCAGAGUUGAAUGACAUGCUUAUCAAAAUGAAGGAGAGUAGCAAUGCUAGUAAAUACCUUGGUACCAAAGUUGGUAAUGAUGGUUUGUCAGAUGCAUCUACAGAUCAAAGGGGUGGCUUUUACAGCCAAUAUAAAGAGAAAAGGGAUGAGAAACUUCGAGCUGAGAAUGCUAGAAACCAUGCAGCAAAACAAGCACAUAUUAAAGUGAUGCAUGAGACACUGGAACAGAGCAAAGCAGCAAUGGCAUCCAAAUCCAUUAAGGCUGUGGUGAAGCCAGAAUCUGCAAACAUCUCUCAAAGACCAAGGAGAAAUUCUUCUCCACCUGUUUUGUUGAAGAAGGAACUUUCAAAGCCAACCAGUUCAAAAAAUGUCUCGCCUAAAUCAUCUUCUCCAAAGACUGGGAGCGCUUUGCAGUCAGGACCUCCGAAGAGGAAGGGUGGAACACCGCCAGCUAAAAGCUCUUCUGCGGUUUCUUCUAGUAGCAUUUCAAGCCGCCAAAGACCUCAACCCUCAAAUUCUCCACGUCAGCCAACCCCGAAGUCUGAGAAACCACUGGGGCGCGUGAAAGGAAAUAAGAGUAAUGGUAGUGUAGAAACCCAUGUUAAGCCAAUUUUUAGAGGACAAGAAGAUAAACAACUGAAAGCAGUUGCAAAGAACAAAGCUGUGAAACCAAGAAGUCCAUUAUCUGGGGAAGAUUGCGGUGAAUUAUCUAAACCAUCUGUUCCCAACAAGCAUACUAAGAAGAGUAGUGUAGUGCCAGUGGAAUCUAAACCCUUCUUGAGAAAAAAUUCUGGAAUCAGUCCUGGUUUUGGACUUUCAGUUGCUAAAGCAAAGGAUAGUAGAGUUGAAAAGUCGGGUGAUUCUUCAAAGAACAGUGGAAAUCUUGUACAAACAGAAGAAAAUGAGCCUAAUGCAACGCUAGCUGUACCAACUACUAAGGUAAUAGAGGAUGAUCUUGUUCAACCAAUAACUGUGGUAGAUGAAACUUUAGUAGCUCCACUAGAUAAUGAUAUGUAUAUUGAAACGGAGAAUGUAGAUGGGAGUCUAACAGGAACCGACAAUGACAUCCAGAACUCGGUGGAUCCACUUAUUGCUGGAAUCCAACGUGAUGAGGAUUUAGGCAUCUCAUCAGUUGCAUGGGUGGAAACAGAUCACCAGGAAUAUUCUCCAUCUUCGAACAAUGGGCUACAUGAAAUUUCUUCCAUGAUUGUUCCAGCGGUGUCAUCAAGUUCUCGUGUACGCCAUUCGUUGUCACAAAUGCUGCAGGCUGAGAAUGGUGAACCAGAAAUAAUUGAGUGGGGAAAUGCCGAGAAUCCUCCUUCCUUAGUGUAUCAAAAGGAUGCCCCAAAGGGGUUGAAAAGACUCUUAAAGUUUGCACGAAAGAGCAAAGGCGAGGGGAAUUCAACAGGCUGGUCUAGUCCUUCAGUCUUCUCUGAAGGAGAGGAAGAACAUGAAGAAUCUAAAGCAGCUAAUAAGACUUCAGAAGCUCUGCUGCGGAGAGCUUCCCUUCAAGCUAAGGGCUAUGAGCAGCCAAUUAGCAUUGCCAGUGAAAAUUUAGAUGUUGGGAAUUAUAGCAAAAGAGCCAUUGACUACAGGAUAGUCCAUGACAUUUCAUCAGGUUCCUCAGGCUCCGAUAAGCUGCGCGGCGGCCAUAUUUCAACAGGAGUAACAACAACAACAACAAAAGCUACUCGGUCAUUCUUUUCGCUAUCUUCAUUUAGGAGCAGCAAAUCAAAUACGAAGAAGCCUCGAUAGUGGAUAGCUUGUUCAAUUUCUUAACCUGAAAUCAAAGAGUAUGGGUUUGCAACAGAUUUAGGCUUUGUUUUGGACGGCUUUUUUACUGUUUCUUAAAGCAGCUUUUUAGUACAAAAAAAUAAAAUUUUUCUAUAAAAAGUUGCUUUAAGAAGUAGUAAGAAAGCCGUCCCAAACGAAGCCGCAGAGGAAUGUUGUGUUAUGGUAGCAACUUUUUUAUUGUUUUUUGGGUUUUUUUUUUAGUGUAAAUUCAAUAACACAACUACAGAGUUAUUUUGCUUAGAACUAUCGACAUGAUUUUGUAUGAUGAGGGUUCUGUUUGUCUUAUUGGAGGGGAUGCAUGCUUAGAAUGUAAUUAUAAAUGUUAAGGAAUUUACUGAAUUUGUGUUGAUUUUGUUCCUCAGUUUAUCAGUUGAAAUUUGAUUGUAACUUGUGAACUAGAGAGCCCCAUUUUCUUGCUACUAAUGUAAUCGGAAAUAUAAGGGAAUGCUACUGAUUUUAAACCAGUAAAAAGAAGAUUUUAAGGAGAUUCUUAUA